AUGGGUGACAAAAGAUUUAUUGACUUUCAGUUCCAAGAUUUAAAUUCAAGUCUCAGACCCAGGUUGGGCAAUGCAACUGCCAAUAAUACUUGCAUUGUUGAUGAUUCCUUCAAGUAUAAUCUGAAUGGUGCUGUCUAUAGUGUUGUGUUCAUCCUGGGUCUAAUAACCAACAGUGCCUCUCUGUUUGUCUUCUGCUUCCGCAUGAAAAUGAGAAGUGAGACUGCUAUUUUCAUCACCAAUCUGGCCCUCUCUGAUUUGCUUUUUGUCUGUACCCUACCUUUCAAAAUUUUUUACAACUUUAAUCGCCACUGGCCUUUUGGUGACACCCUCUGUAAGAUCUCAGGGACCGCAUUCCUCACCAACAUCUAUGGGAGCAUGCUCUUCCUCACCUGUAUUAGUGUGGAUCGUUUCCUAGCCAUUGUCUAUCCCUUCCGAUCUCGUACCAUUAGGACCAGGAGGAAUUCUGCCAUUGUGUGUGCUGGAGUCUGGAUCCUAGUGCUCAGUGGUGGUAUUUCAGCCUCUUUGUUCUCCACCACUAAUGUCAACAAUGCGACUACCACCUGCUUUGAGGGCUUCUCCAAACGUGUUUGGAAGACAUACCUGUCCAAGAUCACCAUAUUCAUUGAAGUUGUUGGGUUCAUCAUUCCUCUGAUAUUGAAUGUUUCUUGCUCUUCUGUGGUGCUGAGAACCCUCCGCAAGCCUGCAACAUUGUCUCAAAUCGGGACCAACAAGAAAAAAGUGUUGAAGAUGAUCACAGUACAUAUGGCAGUUUUUGUGGUAUGCUUUGUACCAUACAACUCUGUUCUCUUUUUAUAUGCCUUGGUACGCUCCCAAGCCAUUACUAAUUGCUUAUUGGAAAGGUUUGCAAAGAUAAUGUACCCAAUUACCUUGUGCCUUGCAACUCUGAAUUGUUGCUUUGAUCCUUUUAUCUAUUACUUCACCCUUGAAUCCUUUCAGAAAUCCUUCUAUAUCAAUACACAUAUAAGGAUGGAGUCCCUGUUUAAGACUGAGACACCUCUGACCCCAAAGCCUUCCCUUCCAGCUAUUCAAGAAGAAGUUAGUGAUCAAACAACAAAUAAUGGUGGUGAAUUGAUGCUGGAAUCCACUUUCUAG